AUGUCCCCAUCCUCCGUCGUUCGGCGCUCCACGUCUGCAACUCGUCCCGCACCCCUUGCUCUCGCCUUCCCUCCCCAUCCUCCCUCCCCAUUCACCCUUCUCCCCCUCCUCCCUGCUGAGCUAACCUCCCAUCCGCCAUAUCCCGUGUUCCUUCGCAUGGGAGUCCCCAUUCCCCUCCACUACAACACUGUCACAAUAGGCCGGCUUACAUCACACGGAGCGAUAUUCAUCCUUUCCGCUCCAUACCUCUCCCCUCCUCCCUUCUCCGCCCUUCUCCCCCUCCUCUCCAUCCCGGCCUCACUCGCUUCCUCGUUUCCCCCUUCCCCACAGACAGCACCACUCGUCACAAUGGGGCGGCUAACAGGGGGAGGGCGAUACGUGAAGGGGGUGACACUCGGGAAGGGAACGUUCGGAGUCGUGUUCAAGGCAUACGACACUCAUACGGGCAGGACAGUGGCGAUAAAGAAGAUUCAUCUGGGCGACUGCAAGGAGGGUGUGAACGUGACAGCUCUGAGGGAGAUCAAGCUGCUGCAGGAGCUGCACCAUCCGCACAUCAUCGAUCUCAUCGACAUCUACCCCCAUAAGAGGAAUUUAAACUUGGUGCUCGAGUUCAUGGAGACAGACUUAGAGAACAUCAUCAAGGAUCGCUCGCUGCACCUGUCUCCGGCCGACAUCAAGGCGUUCAUGCGCAUGACUCUAGAGGGGCUCGCAUAUUGCCAUGGCAAAUGGGUGCUGCACAGAGACAUGAAGCCCAACAAUCUCCUCAUCGGCCCAACAGGGGAGCUCAAGAUAGCUGAUUUCGGCUUUGCGCGCCUCUUUGGCAGCCCCGACCGCAAGCUCACCCACCAGGUGUUUGCGCUGUGGUACCGCGCCCCUGAGCUGCUGUUCGGCAGCAAGGCGUACGGGUCAGGCGUGGACGUGUGGGGCGCUGGCUGUGUGUUUGCAGAGCUGCUGCUCAGACGACCCUUCCUACAGGGAUCGAGUGACAUCGACCAAUUAGGGAAGAUUUUCGCUGCCCUGGGCACGCCGCGGGAGGACCAAUGGCCGGACAUGCAGUGCCUGCCCGACUACGUGCAUUUCAACUUCUGCCCGGCGCCGCCCUUAAAGUCGCACUUCCCCAUGGCUGGCGAUGAUGCCUUAGACCUUCUGUCUCGCAUGCUCACGUUUGAUCCAAACAAGCGCAUCACUGCUGCACAAGCCCUGCAACACCGACCUGCUCUCCUGCAUGCUCACGUUCGAUUCGAACAAGAGGAUCACCUCUGCCCAAGCCCUGCAACCCCGCUGCUUCCUCCUCUGCCUGCCACCAACCAAGACCAAUGGCAUCCCUCGCCCUCCCUGCUUCUGUACAGUGUAACCGGAUUUGAAGACCACACCACACCAGCCUCCUCUCUUCCUCCCCGUCUCUCCUCCCCUUGUUUUCCCCUUGUUUUCCUCCCCUUGUUUUCCUUCCACAUUCCUGCUCGGUCCGCCAGCCACCAAGCCCAAGGACCUGCCUCGCCUUCUCUGCCAUAUCUGCUUCCUCCUUGGACUGCCAGCCACCAAGCCCAAGGGCCUGCCUCGCUCUCCCCCUCUUCCCCCCCCUGCUUCUUACAUUCCUCGCGCCUCUCUCAUCCACUCUUUGUUUUCCCCCUCAUCCCCCCCACCAGCUACUUCCUGCUCGGCCCGCCAGCCACCAAGCCCAAGGACCUGCCUCGCCCGCCUCCGAAGCCCUCUGGCAGCGACUUCCCUCCCGGCUCCAUCCCUGUCGGCCUGGCGCCUCUCGCCCCAGAUGCUGCAGCUGCUGCUCUUGAUGCUGCCAACGGUGCUAUUGCUGGUGAUGAUGCGAGACGGGACGGGACGGCUGGUGGGGCAGGAGCAGCAGCAGCUGGUGCUAAUACAGGGCGCCGGCAUCUCCCGCCUUCAGUAGAGUCACCCCACUAUCCCCGCAACCUCUCACCAGCCACUAAGGCAGUCCGCAUAUCACUCCAACCAGGAAUAGAAGACAGCGACGGGGGUGAUGGGAGGGGGAAGGCUGGGGAGAUUGUUGGGGAGGGCAGGGAUGGGAGAGGAGCAGUGGAGGGGGGUGGGCCGGAAGGGGAGACGCCGAGUGAGGUGACGAUGGUUACUGCGGUUACCGGGGGAGGGGAUGGAGGGCCCAUGUCGGUUGAUACGGUGGUGUUCCCUCCUGGAUCGGUUCUGCCACCCAGACCAAAACUGAACAGGUAA